AUGUAUAUUAUACCUAAAGACUUAAAAGAUUUACGUUUCGGAAAUUGUUUCAAAAGAAAUUUAAAAAAACAACGGUCACUCUGGGAUCAGGAAUGGAACAGUAUUGUCUUUAGUGACGAGUCUCGAUUUUGUUUAGGCAUGCACGAUGGUCGUGCCAGGGUUAGAAGGCGACGUGGUGAAAGGAGGAAUCCACAGUUUUUUGUUGAAAGACAUGUUCAUCACACUGUUGGAGUUAUGGUUUGGGGUGCUAUAGCUUAUGGUUCCAGAACCCAUCUUUUACCCUAUCUUGACACCCUGGCAAAUCCAACUUUCCAACAAGAUAAUGCCCGACCACAUGUUGCAAGAGUCACAAUAGACUUCUUUCAACAUAAUGAUGGCACAUUGUUACCAUGGCCACCAAGAUCUCCCGACUUAUCCCCAAUUGAGCACGUGUGGGAUAUGAUGGGUAGGAGAUUGCUCAAUUUGCAACGUCCUUCUCAGACUCUAGAAGCACUUCGAGAGGAGUUGGUGCUUGCCUGGAAUGAGAUACCACAGGAGGACAUUGACCACCCGAUGGCCUGGGCGCGGCUUUAA